CGUUUAUUUGAGUGAUGCAUUGCAUUUUCCCCACCUUUUCUUCCUUCUUCCAAGAGCGCUGCAAAGAUGGCUGUUGAAGAUACACAUUCACAAAGCGAAACAGUAAAGAUCACAAAAGUCGAAUCAGAAGAAGAGAUCGAACGAUGUUUCGAAGUGAUGUCAUUAGCUUUUGGGAAGGAUAAACCGAUGUUCAAUUCAAUGUAUCCCGAACACGACACUACGGAGGGCAGACGAAAUGGUACGAACAGAUUACGUGAAAUGUGGCAAUCCAAAAGAGAUGAUGUUGAUUUUCAUUAUUUGAAAGCAACAAUCGCAAAUCAAAUUGCGGGCUUUGCUAUUUGGACAAUCAUGACUCCUACAAAGAAUUUGGAAUCGGAAAAAGCGGAAGAAGAAUUUAAUUUGAAGGCAAUGUAUCCUGAUCAACCUUUAGCACAAGAAUGGCUGAGACAGAUAUGGCCAAUCUAUAUCACACAAAGAAGAGAUGUUGUUCUUGCAGAUUCACAGGAUGAUCGACCGGUCAUUGCGUUGGAAUUGUGUGCCGUUCGACCGGACAUGCAACGAAAAGGUGUAGGGGUAUUACUCAGCAGUUGGGGUGUACAAUAUGGCAAAGAGAACGGCAUUCGUGAGGCUGUCUUGGAGGCAAGCAUUGCAGGAGUAGGAUGCUAUACAAAAGCAGGCUUUGCUCACCAAUCUCCAAUCGAUUUCGGACCGGUCGAUCGAUCUCUAACGCAGGUUCGCAAUUUUCCCACUAUAGUCUUCAUGCGAACAGGGCCUUUGCAGACAGAACAGAAAGAUGUCUAAUUAGCGAAAUAAUAAAUCA